CAGAGGAACACUAGCUCUCCAACUCUUUUAAAGCUAUCAUUCGCUUCUCUAAGAUCAGAGAGCAAAUGGGUGUUCUUCCUCUUUUAUCACUUGCAUUUCAUGCACUCUUCCUUUUCUCAGUGAUUAUUUUCCCCCCGGUAGCACAAGGGGAAAUUACAAGGCACUACCAUUUCGAAAUCAAGUACCAAAACGUAACACGACUAUCAAAAAAGAGCAUGGUCACGGUCAAUGGUCAGUUUCCAGGACCUCGGAUUGUAGCGAGGGAGGGUGAUCGCCUUGUCAUCAAAGUGGUUAAUCAUGUCCAGAACAACAUCUCAAUCCAUUGGCAUGGCAUUCGACAACUUCGAUCAGGAUGGGCAGAUGGGCCUGCAUAUGUGACACAGUGUCCCAUCCAAACUGGACAAAGUUGUUACAAUUACACCAUUAUUGGACAGAGAGGCACUCUUUUUUGGCAUGCUCACAUCUCAUGGUUAAGAUCAACUAUCUAUGGUCCUAUCAUCAUUCUUCCCAGGCAUGGUGUUCCGUAUCCUUUCAACAAACCCUACAAGGAAGUUCCCAUCAUCUUUGGAGAAUGGUGGAAUGCAGAUCCUGAGGCAGUCAUAGCCCAAGCCCUACAAACAGGUGGAGGACCGAAUGUAUCUGAUGCUUACACUAUCAAUGGAUUUCCAGGGCCAUUAUAUAACUGCUCUGCUAAAGAUACAUUCAAGCUGAAGGUGAAGCCUGGCAGAACAUACCUUCUUCGUUUGAUCAACGCAGCACUUAAUGACGAGCUUUUCUUCAGUAUUGCGAAUCACUCCCUCACAGUUGUCGAAGCAGAUGCAGUAUAUGUUAAGCCUUUUGAGACUAACGCCAUUCUGAUUACCCCCGGCCAAACCACCAAUGUUAUUCUUAAAACCAAAUCCCACUACCCCAAAGCCACAUUCCUCAUGACUGCCAGACCAUACGUGACUGGCCUUGGCACUUUUGAUAACUCAACUGUUGCUGGUAUCCUGGAAUAUGAAUCCCCAUCAAAAUCUCUUCAUUUGAAGAAGCUUCCGCUCUUCAAACCAAUCCUCCCUGCUAAUGACACUUCCUUUGCAACGAAUUUCGCCAACAAAUUCCGAAGCCUUGCAAAUGCUCAGUUUCCUGCCAAUGUUCCCCGGAAAGUGGAUAGGCGCUUUUUCUUCACAGUAGGUCUUGGUACAAGUCCCUGUCCGCACAAUCAAACAUGUCAGGGACCCACCAAUGGAACAAUGUUUGCAGCUUCAGUCAAUAAUGUGUCCUUCACACUCCCAACCACUGCUCUUCUUCAAGCCCACUACUUUGGGCAAUCCAAUGGAGUUUACUCCCCUGAUUUCCCAAGCAGCCCCUUGAUUCCGUUCAACUACACCGGCACGCCACCAAACAACACUAUGGUGAGCAAUGGGACAAAGAUGGUGGUUCUUCCCUUUAACACUAGCGUGGAGCUUAUCAUGCAGGACACCAGUAUACUAGGCGCUGAAAGUCAUCCUCUCCACUUGCAUGGCUUUAACUUCUUUGUUGUUGGCCAAGGUUUUGGGAACUUUGAUCCAAAUAAGGACCCUGCAAAUUUCAAUCUUGAUGAUCCAAUUGAAAGGAACACAGUUGGCGUCCCCCCUGGUGGAUGGGUAGCAAUUCGUUUCUUAGCAGAUAACCCAGGGGUAUGGUUCAUGCAUUGUCACCUGGAAAUUCACACGAGCUGGGGACUGAAAAUGGCGUGGAUUGUGUUGGACGGAAAGCUUCCCAAUCAAAAAAUGCUUCCGCCACCAUCGGAUCUCCCCAAGUGUUAAAUUUCCCUUGAAAUUGCGACCUCUCAUUUCUUUGAAUCGGCUUUUGCAGCCUCUUAUGUAUGGCAUUCUUUUGGCGAGUCAUCGGUUUUUUUUUUUUAUUUUUAUUUUUAGUUGAAAGAUGAGUGAUUGAUUGUUAGAUGCUUCUACAUUUUGCAGCCACAGUCCACAAGCGUUCAUUUCUGCGGAAUUGUAAUGUUCAUGCAUUUGAAUCAGUAUUCUCUCUCUCUGACACCCUAAAUUUUGACAUUCA